AUGCCCAGUGCAUCCAAGCCCCCUACCGGGGCUUCCAACCCGACGCCAAAGCCCCGGGACGCGCAGAAGGAGAAGGACUAUGAGCGCAAGAAGCAGAGGGUGAAGGAGGCCCACAGGAAGAAGCGCGUCCGAGCGCUCAUGAAAUCCGCCCCGGGCGAGCCCGUGAAACUUCACUACGACACCGACUGCAGGUCCCCAGCGACCGAGGCGCACGUCGUGAUGUUCUCGGGCGUAUCGUCCGAGAGCAAGGGAGAAAUUGCCGGCUCGUCCGGGAUGGGCUGGUAUGGAAUGCCUAGGCGCGCUGGGAAGGGCGGCGCUGGCGGUGCCUGCGCCAACGCCCUGCUCCACUAUCUGAAGGAAUCCGACCGCACGAAACCCCCGGACAGGAGCUGGCUCACCACCAUGGUCGGCAUGCAGAAGUGGCUCAGCAAGGAGGGCUACACCACCGUGCCACGUCUAUCGGCGGGAAACAACAAUUUCGACUUCAAGCGCCCGUUCAGCAUCCUCAACCCUCAGUGCGUAAACAGCCAGAGGCUGAGCGGCAGGACCAGGGCUGUUCUCAUCGGCUGCAACUAUCCUGGCACGGAGUCAGCCCUCGACGGCGCGUGGGCGGACGUGUCCAAGAUGAAGAGGUACAUCGCGUCCGUGGGAUUUUCCAACGACGGCGACUCGCUCAUGGUGCUGAGGGACGACCCCAACGGCAAAUCCGGCGAGCUUCAGCCCACGAAGGAGAACAUCCUCGAGGCGCUGCACUGGCUCGCGCUGGGCGCCGCGGAGGGUGACUCCCUGCUGCUGCACUUCUCGGGGCACGGCGUGAGGGUCAACCGGCCGAAGGCGUCGGAGACGGACGAUGAGACCGUAGUCGCCGAGGAUGGACUGGUGCCGUGCGACUAUAAGACCGAGGGACCCAUCCUCGACCGCGAGGUGCAGGAGAUUCUCGUGUCCCGCCUGCCGAAGGGGUGCAGCCUGGUCAUGUUCCUGGACUGCUGCCGGGGCGGCUCCGCGGUGGAGCUGCCGUACAACUUCAAGCUGACUCCCAAGCAGUACGCUUUCGAGAAGGAGCGCAUGGCGGUGGGUUGGCCAGUGCGCAGGAACCCGCUGGCUGCGCUCGUGGACCGGACGGUGAACAUGGUCCCCAACAACUGCAAGCGGGCACUUCGGAUUGGCGCGAAGACUGCGGAUGCGACGUGCGAGACGAUUGGCGGGGUGCUGCAGGCGGCGGCGGACUCUUUCCUGCCAAAGCUGAUCAAGCGAGAGUACCAGAGGGGAAAGAGAAAGAUACACAAGCUCACGGGGGUCAAGGUGCAGUUCGAGCCGCACGACGAGCGAACGCACAGGUUCCUCUUUUGA